UCUCACUCUUAAAUACUUCUCUCUCCUUUCCUCUUCGUGUUCAUUGCGGGAGGGGACACGAAAUUCGCCGAAAUUUUCAGGCGUUAAACGGGGUGAGAAAGUUGUAUUUCAGGGUGUGGCGAAAUUCAGGGAGAGCAGAAUUUUGAAGAUUUCGCGAAGUUUUCAGUGUGACUGGUAGAGAGAGAUGGAGAGUCAGAUGGCGCCUGUGGAUGGAUUGCACUAUGUGGAGAAUCCUGGAGCCGUAGGGCUUCAAAGUGGACAUGGUCAGGAGAUAAGUGCAUGGCCUUCGCCAUCAGGACCCAUCGUGGGUCAUGAUGGGGAAGAAGAGUCACAUGACAAGAAAUCAGUAUUGAAGAAGGUUAAGGACAAGGCUAAGAAAUUACAGAACACUCUUGGCAUAAAGAAACACAACCAUGAAGGGGAGGAGGAAGUAGAGGAAGGAGAUGAAAUUGAGGAUGACCCUGAGAUUCAUGGAGCACCUGUGUAUGAAUCGGCUGCUAUUAGUCAAAAUCAGCAAGGCGAUGUGAGCAGGAUACCAAUGGAGACUCAAGGGCAAUCUGGGGUUCAUUACGGUGAAUCGCAGCCAUUUAGUAAGGAACCGGGUGUCUCACUAGGAGAAUCUGGACCGUUCCUUGAGGACCCAGAUGCUCCAAAGGAUGGCCCCGGAAAGGUUUCAAGUGGAAAUUAUCAAUCCAAAGUCAAGGAUCCGACAAAUGCAGGUGGUGAGGAAAUUGGUGGGACGACUGUUCUAGAGUCACUUUCAGCGAUGAAACUCAGUGAUGGUACAGACUCGAAACGUCGUCAGGAAGUAUCGUCAGGUACUCACAACCAGUUUGCCCCAGAAAAUCCCAAGCGUACCAGACCUUCUAACACCACCACCAAACCAAAUCCCGAGCCCGAUAACACGGUUACGGAACAAAGUCGAAAUGACCAAGCAGCCCAUCCCCAACCCCAAAGCUACACUUCUCUAAUCUAUGACAAGGCCACAUCAGCAAAGAACCUUCUCGCAUCCAAGCUCGGUUACGCCCAAAACCCAUCGGAGUCCGAGGCUACCACGCCAGAAUCGGAUGUCACGAUGUCUGAAUCUGGCAAUCGAUCAGUUACGGGUACAGUAAAGGAGAAAAUAACAGGGGCAAAGAAUGGAUGUUUGCCACAAAAAUUACCAGGCGUGUCUGAGAAGUCCUUAGGUGAGUCUGAGAAUCUUUCCGCAGAGUCGGAUAAGAGAGAGAAGGGCACUGAUAAGGGGGUUUCGAUAAAGGAUUACGUUAUGGAGAAGCUCAAGCCAGGAGACGAGGAUAGGGCGUUAUCUGAGGUUAUAACGGAAGUCAUACAUAAGGGGGAUGGGAGUGGACGAAAUGUAACGGUAUCAGGUAACAGUGGAGAUAACAGGGGGAGUGGGAUGGUAGGGAAGGUUAAAGGGGCGGUUACUUCGUUGUUUGGGAGUAGAGACAUGAAAUCUUCCAAGGAAACAACAGAAUCUGAUGUCGGAACGAAAUCUCUGAAGGAAGCAACAGGAUUUGACGUCCGAAUGAAAUCUCUGAAAGAAGCAACAGGAUCUGACGUCGCAAUGCCUGUUUCUCAUGACAUAAUGAUCAAGGCACAAUGAGAAGUGGUCUAGAGGAGGUGGUGGGUGAGAGGAGGAUCCAGGAAAACUGAAUUUGACAGUGGAGUUUGGACUUGUUUGUUGUUGUGUGAUGAUGAAUGGUUUUCAGUUUGAUGUUAAUGCGUAUGUUUUGUAUUUCCAAUGUGAAGCUACCUGCUGUGUGGUUUUUUUAUGGGGCUUUGGAAGUAUUUAUUGCUUCGCGUGU